AUGCUGGCGUACCUCUUCCUCGCCGGCCUCGCCUACGUGGCGCUGCGGCUCUACCUCACGCCCCGCAAGAUCCUCAUCAACUGGGUCGCCAACUCGCACCUGUACUACUACUUCCACCUGCGCCAGGUGCGCCAGCGCCAUGCGACGCCGGGCUACAAGGGCACCUCGCAUGAAGCCGCCGCCUUCGAUGGCCACGCCGCCAUUGUCACGGCGCCCUUCCUCGACGACAACUACGCCUACUUGCUCAUCGACAAGGCGUCGGGCGACUGCGCGCUCGUCGAUCCCGCCGACCCGUACGCGCUGCUCGACGUCUGGCGUGAGGUCGUCCUGCGGUAUCGCAAUGAACACAACAUCACCCUGCGCCUCAAGUACAUUUUGACGACGCACAAGCACUUUGACCACGCGGGCGGCAACAAGAUCCUCGCGGCCGAGUUUCCCGACGUCGUCGUUGUCGGUGGCAUCCUCGACAACGUCCUCGGCGCGACCAAGCUCACGUGGCAUAAGGAUGCGCUCAUGCUUGGCAGCCUCCACAUCGAGACGCUGGCGCUGCCGUGCCAUACCAUCGGCCAUGUCGGGUAUUACGUCACGGCGCCGGGCAAGUCCAAGGACGGCUGUGUCUUCACCGGCGAUACAUUGUUUGUGGCCGGAACAGGACGCUUCUUUGAGGGCAACGGCGACCAGAUGUACCGGAACCUGCAUGUGGUGCUGGGUGGCCUUCCCAAGACGACCAAUGUCUAUGGCGGCCACGAGUACACGCUGGAGAACCUGGCGUUUGCUCUGUUUGUCGAGCCAGAGAACGAAGCUGUCCAGGCCAAGAUUGAGUGGGCAAUUGCGCAGCGCAAGAAGCGACUGCCGACGGUCCCGUCGACGCUCGCCGACGAGUGGGCAACAAACCCGUUCCUGCGCACCGACGUUCCCGCUGUCGCUCAGGCAAUUGCAACCCACCAUCAUGCCAAGCAUCCGAAGCACCCUGGCGAGCUCGUCCAAUGUCUGCGCGAACUGAAGGACGCGGACGUGCAUGUCAAGGAGAUGGCGGCGAUCGACGCACGCUUCUAA